UGCGAAGGGAAGGAAGGGGCCUGCGGCUGGAGCUCUGCUCCUUAUGUGCCACGGCGGGGCCUGCACCGAAUGGCUGCUGCUGGCUCCGCUUCUCCGAGGGAGGGAGGGGUUUCGGGUAUCCCCCGGAGACACCGCCAGGCGGGGGAUAGGGAUAACCUGGUGUGGCAGAGGCCUAGAUGAAGGUGGGACGGGGCUGCCUCGGUCCCCCCACAUCCCCUUCCCUGAGGAGGAAUAGGCUUGUUCCGUCGUAAGUGAACACCAGAGAGAAAUCCUGUUGGGCAUUUCCAGCGCUUGAGAAGGUUGGACUAGAAAAGGAGAGGUGAUGGGUACAUCCAUCUAGAAAUGGCUUGCAACUAGAAAUGGCUAUAAAAGUAGGACAUGACCACUAGGCUGCCCGGGAGUGGCGUUAAACGCUGGUGUGGGUGAGCAUUUAUAGGAAGAGUCAGAUGGUCUCUGACAGAAUAAGUUAGGGUGGGACCGGGCUGCCACAAAAAAGAGGGACACAGAGCACAAGAAAAGCCCUGCUUGGAACAGUUCAAAGAUGUAGUUUUUACUCCCACUAUAAGGAACGAAAUGUUUCCACUUAACCAUUAAGCAGGUCAUGAAAGUCAGUCUCUGCAGUAUGGCCUUAUAAGAUAAAACAGACCUUGAAAACAGUGUGAUGCAGAAGAAAAUUAAAAUCCCCAAGCUCUCUCUCAAUCACCUAGAAGAAACAGGGGAAAUUACAGAUUAUGGGGAUGAAGAUAUGGAACUUAGACACUGUAAGAGACAAGAUGGAAAGAAACAGAAUGAAGGUACGCACAAAAGCAUUGAAGCAGUAGUUGCGCGCCUUGAAAAACAAAAUGGAAUGAGUCUCAGUAGUAAUUCCAGUCCUGAGGCAACAUUUAUGGAAACUUCAGACAGAAUGAACAAUAUGGACGAUGCUGUAGUUCCUCGAGUUCUUUAUGAAGAGUUGCUGAGAAGCUAUCAGCAACAGCAAGAAGAAAUGAGGCACAUUCAACAGGAACUUGAGAGAACAAGGAGGCAGCUUGUUCAACAAGCAAAAAAGUUAAAAGAGUAUGGAACAUUAGUGUCAGAAAUGAAGGAGCUAAGAGAUUUGAACAGACGGUUACAGGAUGUCCUGCUUCUCAGAUUAGGCAGUGGUCCUGCCCUAGAACUUGAAAAGGUUACACCUGAAUCCAUUGAACCCGAGCCUGAUGUACAGACAGCUUUCAGUGAGGAAGCAAACACGUCAACAUACUACCCAGCUGCUAUUCCUGUAAUGGACAAAUAUAUUCUAGAGAAUGGAAAGGUUCAUCUUGGAAGUGGCAUCUGGGUAGAUGAGGAGAAAUGGCACCAGCUGCAAGUAACGCAAGGAGAUUCAAAGUAUACAAAAAACUUAGCAGUUAUGAUUUGGGGAACCGAUGUUCUUAAAAAUAGAAGUGUUACAGGUGUGGCCACUAAGAAAAAGAAAGAUGCUGUUCCUAAGCCGCCUCUCUCACCUCACAAGUUAAGCAUUGUCAGAGAAUGUUUGUAUGACAGAAUAGCACAAGAAACUCUGGAUGAAACAGAAAUUGCACAGAGACUCUCCAAAGUCAACAAGUAUAUUUGUGAAAAAAUCAUGGAUAUCAAUAAAUCAUGUAAAAAUGAAGAAAGGAGAGAAGCAAAAUAUAAUUUGCAAUAAAUUUUGAAUUUUUAAUAAAGU